GGGGAGCGCACGCCUUGCUCGCAGGGUCGGUGCAGAAACUCCUGUAAGCGCAGGAGAUCCUGGCCAACUCAUCGCCCACCUAACUAACCGCCCACCGGGAGGUAAAUCGUGCUUGCGCGUCAACCCCAGCGUAGCUCUAUGGAGCAGGCAAUUAAGGCAGAAUGAAUGGGGAGACACCAUUCUGCAGUCGGGCGGGGGGUGGGUGGGAAGAGGAGAAUCCUGACAAAGCUCUUUCGCAGGCAGAUCAUUACAAACAGGAAAAUAAUCGAGAGCCCACCUUCUUCUACCCUCCAACUGUACCUGUACCUUCGGCCCAGAUUCGCCCUCUUCCUUAUCAAACUUGCGCAGUCGUACUUCAUUUCCCACUAACCCGCCCUCUUUUACACGGCGUCAAGCGACAGCUGCGCGGCGGCCAUUUUUGACACUGAAGGAAUACUCCUUUGGACGCCAUCUUUGAUGCGGGCGCGACGGACAACGGCCGUUCAGCCAGGGGCGAAACGUAGGGAGGUGGUGUUUUGCCGCUCCAGUGGGCGGGGAGAGAGAGGCUCCUGAUUCUGCGAAGAGUGGUUCCUAGAUUUGGGUAGAAGUCCUGAGAUUUAUAUUCUCCCCAGUUUUAAAAAAAUAAAUCUUAAAACCCAUUUUUAAAUUAAAACCCAUUUAUUUCCUUUUUAAAAAGUUUACAUUUUGUUAUUUAGUUUAUAGUCUCAUCGACAUAGUUCUUCAAAACAAUAGGUUUUUUUAUCAACUCUUUUUUAAAGGUGAGGGCAUUAUUACAUUAUAUAUAUAUAUUUAUAGGCUUUAAUGCAGCAAAAGGUAUUUCUUUGUAGUAAAACAAGUGCAUACUAUGAUUUGACAAAAUAUGUUACUUUUCUCCAGACUAUAGUGAUUUGUCUCCAAAAAGACUCCGAAAAUGUACUGGGGGAGAAAUGUCCAUUUAAAACAUUUUCAAAACUUAUAAAAUCGCAAUAAAUUCAACAAACUCCAACUUCAGCUAUAUAUUAUUACCAGCAUAUUGAUGUUUUCAAUGGCAUUUGGACUGCUCUUUCUGUUUUUGAGUUUCUACUGGCUCCUCCUGGUUUGAUUUAUUCAUUCUGGCUGCUGUGAUGUUUAUUAUGAUUAUGUUUUCUUGUAGCUAGCUGUUAACUGUCUUGAAACACUGUAAAAAGGUAGGAUACAAAUCUAUAAAUAAAACAUUCAAGUUAAAUUGCCUUAAUGAGCUUGUUGAAUGUUGCCUGUAAUAUUUUUCACAAAUAAAAUGUGUUAUCGAGGCAGAAUUCAGAAUUGUAAUCUUGAACCACAUGAGGAUAUGUGGAAUUAAAUGUUAUUUAACGUUGUAAACCUAACACCACUUACCUGGGAGUAAGUUCCAUUGAAUUCAGUUGAACUUAAUUCUGAAUAGACAUGAUUAGAGUGCACUGUAAAGCAGUGUGAUUGUGUGCCUCAAAACCAAAAUAGUCUGGAAAAUAUGGGAGACAAUGGUAAAGGAAAUAACAGUGGUCAAAAAAAUCAUUUGGUAUGUUUCUUUGGUCUUCCUGAGAACUCAGAACCAUGUAUGAGUCAGAGGAUGGUGGUUAUUCACAGUCCCAUGAAUAUUAUUUUAUUUUGUCUCCCCUAUUGUUACUAAUAAAUGACUCACAUGUUCCACUUGCCCAGGGAGGGCUAUCAUACAGCUAUUUGUUUAGACCAGGGGUCAGCAAACUUUUUCAACAGGGAGCCGGUCCACUGUCCCUCAAACCUUGGGAGGGGGCCGGACUAUAUGUUUUUUUGGGGGGGGGAAUGAAUGAAUUCCUAUGCCCCACAAAUAACCCAGAGAUGCAUUUUAAAUAAAAGCACACAUUUUACUCAUGUAAAAACACGCUGAUUCCCAGACUGUGGGCCAGAUUUAGAAGGUGAUUGGGCCGGAUGCAACCCCCAGGCUUUAGUUUGCCUACCCAUGGUUUAGAGGUAAGGAAGAAGGCAGAGCUGUUUAGUAGCUAUCAGUGUAUCUGAAAUAGCACACACACAAUGGAGUAACAGAGGGUCUGAUAACUCUGCCAGAGUUUUCACCAACCUCAUGCAUAUGGCUUAACAAAUGCUUCGGUCCCCUUUCAAUAUAAGGGUCUAUCUAUCAGGCUCCUAAUGUCAGCCUGAUUUAUGGACAGUCCUGCUGGACCCCUCUAGUCCAGCAUCUUGUCCUCACAGUGACCAUCCAGAUGCCUAUGGGACACACUGCCUAUGGAGAUCAGACAGGCUCCUUCAGCAGCUGCUAAAAACAUUUUCAUUUAGACAAGCCUACCAAUAUAUUUAGAGUGCUGGUAUGUUUUUAGUUUAUUGCUUGUUUCAAUUUGUUGAAAGUUUUACUUGUUUUUACCAAAAUGUAUAUUGUUUUAUAUUCUUUUUGUAAACCACUUGGAGGUUUUCUAGCAUCAAGCAAUACAUCCAUUUUAUGAAACAAAUAAAACAAAAAUAAAUCCACAAGCAGGAUGUGGGUGCUACAGCACUCUCCCUACUUGUGAUUUCCAAGCAAAUGGUAUUCAGAGAUAUAUAGCCUCCAAUACUACAGGUACUAUACAGCCAUCAUGGCUUGCAGCCUUAUCUUCCAUUGACUUGUCUAAACUCCUCUUGUAAUCAUCCAAGCUGGUGGCCAUUACUACAUCUUGUGAUGGCAAAUUCCAUUGUUUAACUCUGUGUUGGAUUAAAUAUUUUAUUUUGUCUAUGGUGCAAUUCUAACUAUGUGUACUCAGAAGUACGCUUCAUUGGAUAGUGUGGAGUUCUAGUGUUGUGAGAGAAGCCUAGUCACUUCUUCAUACAUAAUUUUGCAUUCUUUACCUUUCUCCUAAUUCCAAAAGGCCCAAAUGUUGUAACUUUUCCUCAUAGGUAAGUUGCUAAAGCGCCUUGAUAAUUUUGCCAGCCCUUUUCUGAAUAUUUUCCAGCUCUACAAUAACUUUUUUGAGGUGUACCAAUUAGAAAUGUACACAGUAUUCCAAGUACAUUCACAUCAUAGAUUUAUGUAAAUAGCAUUAUGAUACUGGCAGUUUGGUUUUCAAUCUCUUUCUUAAUUCUCCCUAACAUGGUGUUCACCAUUUUCAAAGCUGCCAUACUCUGGGUCACAUUUUUAUCAAGCUAUCUGCUUCACCCACCAAAGUCACUUUCCUGGUCAGUCACUGCCAAUUUAAGCCUAAUCUGUUUAUGUAAAAUUAGGUGGUUCCCCCACCCCACCCCCAUUGUGCAUCACUUUUCACUUGCUGACACUGGAUUGCAUUUGCCAUUUUAAUGUCCAUUCACCAUGUUUGGAGAGGUCUUUUGGAGAGUCAUACAAUCCUUUGUUUUUACCACCCUGAACAAUUCAGACUCAUUAGCAAACUUGGCCACCUCAUUGCUCCGCAUCAUUUAUGAACAAGUUUAAAAACAUAGGUCCCAAUACCAAUCUAUAAGGAAUCCUCACUUUUUACACCUCCUUCUAUUAUAAGGACUGUCCAUUUAUUCAUACUCUCUGCUUCUGGCUUUUUAGCCAGUUGUAAAGCUAUAAGUAAGGGAUGCGGGUGGCACUGUGGGAUAAACCACAGAGCCUAGGACUUGCCGAUCAGAAAGUCGGCGGUUCGAAUCCCCGCGACGGGGUGAGCUCCCGUUGCUCGGUCCCUGCUCCUGCCAACCUAGCAGUUCGAAAGCACGUCAAAGUGCAAGUAGAUAAAUAGGUACCGCUCCUGCGGGAAGGUAAACGAUGUUUCUGUGCGCUGCUCUGGUUCGCCAGAAGCGGCUUAGUCAUGCUGGCCAAUAAAGCGAGAUGAGCGCCGCAACCCCAGAGUCGGUCACGACUGGACCUAAUGGUCAGGCGUCCCUUUACCUUUACCUUUUAAAGCUAUAAGUGGACAUACCCUCAUCCCUUGAAAGUCUACUUGCAUGAUAAUAUGCUUGUUGAUAAUCUUCCCCCACCUGGAAUGGGCAUUUCUGAAAAUAUUAGUAAUUUUAGUCACUGUAUCAUUCACCUGCUUUCAAGCCUAACCUGUGAGUAAGAUCCAUUGAAUUCAAUAGCACAUACUUCUGAGUAGGCAUAGAUAAUUGGAAUGAAAUAAAGAGUGUCACAUGAUCAGUGAAACAUUUUACUGUUUACACCAGGUAUCACAAACCUGAAAAAAAUACAUUUUUGACAUUUGUUUUUCUUCACAGUAUUACUGCAGUCUACAUGCAAUCUUCCUUUGCAUGAAAGGAGCAUUAUUUAUUUUUAUCCAUGUGAAUGCUACAGGUUUGAUCCACACUGCAAAGUAUCUAACAAAUAAUAUUGAAGGAUAAUAAGAAACCUGCCAUUAAAAGGUUUCAUUAAUCAGGUAAUAGUCACAGGCUAAUGAAAUAACACCUUUUUCUGGAGCUUCAUCUAUAUUGUUCAUAUGUUAAGUGGUUCCUUCUUUGCAUAGUGACUGUAGAUAGCUAAAUUACCUCAGCUGCUUAAUGUGGCUGAUAAAAUUAGCUAAUGGCAGCUACUUAGCUAAAAGUAACAAGAGGACCUAGGUGAUUACACUUACAAAGCUGUUCAGUUACAAUGUUAUAGCAAAAGGUGUGUGUAAUUGUUACUAUUAGGUGGAAGAAUAGCAUUGGGAUAUAGUAGAUGCUGGUUAAUUGAAAAUCUAGUGGGAAAUCUCACUAAUAUUUUAGCAAAUCUGAAAAUAGUAGUUUUAGGUAUUAUUAAUUUUAAUACAAAGCUCUCUGAUUUACUUUGGUCUUACAAUUAUACAAGGUAAGUCUCAAUUAUUAUUUCAUGACUACAGAUAUUAAAACAUCAUAAUUUUCUUAUGGCUCCCUAUUGAGUACAUUGUUGAGCUGAACUUUGCAACCAGGACUCCCAAGUUCAUAGCGGUAUAGUUAAGAAGAGCCUUUUUAGAAAAAAAUAACUUUCUUAGUCUUUUCUAGGAGGAAUUGUUAUGUCUCUCUUAACAGUUAUGAUCUACCCACAUAUUCAGCAGCAGAUCUUCCUGACAUGUAUAUGUGGUAAUGGAGAAAACUUCACCUGCUGGAUAGCUGCUAAAGGCAGCUGGAAAAAAGGAAGCAACAAUAAGGUGAACCAGUAAUAUUUUCUGGAGUGUAAUGGAUAGAAGAAUCAACUUGUGUUGAUUUUGUUUCAAACUAUGCUGACUAGAGGCAAAGGGGUGGGGGAGAUUUGUUGAGGAAGGGCCAGGGCCAUCUUACCCAUUAGGGUUAGUGGCACCUGCCCAUCAGGGGCACCCAGCAGUGGGAGUCUGGGACCAACCAGGAAGAGCUGUGAGGGCAUGUUGGGUGGUGGCGGCGCCACCUCUUCCUUUGGCCAGCUGUGCUCUCUCGCUUCCUGCCUGGGAGAGGAGGCGGCGGCAGCAGCGGUGCACAAAGCUACAUGGCACCCUUCUCCCUCCUGCCCGCCCUGCGGCAGUAGUGGGACUGCUGAGGAAGCCUGCGCGGCAAGCGAGCCUCAAACUGCCCAGCACGGGGUGGGGAGGAGGGGGAGGGGAGGGGCGCUGAGAACAUCGCCCUCACCCCUUCCUUCGAGGAGAAAGGUGGAGGAGGGAUUCAUUCAGAUUUGGGGUGGUGGGAGGGAAAAGCUGAGGGGGGGGGGCGCACUACCAUUAGGACUCAGUUCGGAGGUAAGGAUGGACUCGAGAGUGUGCUCUCCAUGCAGUUAGUGGUUAAAAACAAACAAACACCAUCAAAAAGUCCUUUAAAGAUGGGGGGCGGUUUUUAAGGUCCUAUUAGAUUCAGCAGGGCUUACUCUCAGGUAAGUGCAGUUAGGCCUGCAGCCUUUGUGACCCAAGUUUUGUGUCCAUUUUAGGUUCAGGAUGUCAUUGCUUUACACACACAAUAUUUGAAAAUGUCAGCUUUGUACUUAAACACAAAUUGGCCUUCUCUGUGUCUUUAUCAAUUUAUUUAAAGAACAACAAACUGGUGAGGGCUUUAACUUUUUGAUAUGUGGUGAUUUGAAUCAUGAGGAUGAAUUAGAAGAACUGCUGAGUCUUGAAUGAGUCUUGCUUUGGAAUAGAGGACAUAAUUAGAUUUUCUUCUGCCUUUUCAUUUUAUUUUGUUCUAAGGGCUUGUUAGAAAUAAUGUGUAAGUGUGGUGUCGGCUCCCUUUAAAAAAAAGGUAAACAACUCUGGGGAUCUUUGCACCAUGGUGCCAGAUAUGCUUAAGACGUCCCUGGGAAGGGCUAUAGCUUAGUGGUAGAGCAUUUGUCUCAGGUUCAAUGCUGUGCGUCUCCAGGUAAGGUUGAAAGAGACUCCUAUCUGAAAUCCUGGAGAGCUGCUUGAGUCAGCAGACAAAACUGAGCUAGCUGGAUCUGUGCUUUUUUACUUGGUAUAAUGCAGCUUCAUGUGUUCUUCGACACCUAAAAGUUGUGUAGAACAGCGGUCAGCAAACUUUUUCAGCAAGGGGCUAGUCCACUGUCCCUAAGACCUUGUGGGGGGCUGGACUGUAUCUUUGGGGGGGGGGGAAUGAUGCAAGAGCACCAUGAGCCCCAGUUGCUGCUUACCUGUGUCUUGCGAGUGGCGUGUGAAAGAGCUCCGGAGAGGGGCUGCUUAAAAUGGCAGCCGCUCAAGCGCUGCUGCUGCUGGCACCAACAAAGCCCAGCCCCUUUCCUCCUCUAGGCAGGGCGAGGAGAAGCCAGGAGGAGGCACCGCCACCGUGUGAGGGAGAGGGAAAGAAUGUGUGCACUGGUGAUCCACAUGGGGAUUCCCGGACCGUCCGUGGGCCGGAUCCAGAAGGCAAUUGGGCCCAUGGACCUUAGUUUGCUGACCCAUGGUGUAGAAGAUGGCACUUCGACAGGUGUAGUUUAUCAUAGAGGAAUGAAUCACACACACCCUCUAUUUUUCUCCUAAAGAUGGAGAAACCAUGUUCUCCUUAACCAUUGAUCCUGUUUCCUGGAUAGAUCUUAGCAAGUGACAUUAGCAUAUAUCAGAAACAUUCUAAAUUGGCAUUUUAUUGGUCAGUCACCUGUGUUUCAUCUCCCACUAUUGUGUGCAAGAAGUCUUAAAACUUUCUCUUUCAGCUUUUCAGUUUAGAAAAUACUUUGACUCCAGAGUCAAUGGCAAGAUACACUACAAUCCAUACCGCCCACUUGAGUAGUCCCACAGAUUUAAAUUGCAUUUAUGUAGUGUAAAUAGCUUGCUGUUUAAAACAUCAGCAGUCAUGAUGGCAUGUAUAAUCUGAGCUUCCUGCAUCAACGUAAACUAUCUGGUGCACUUCAGAGUAAGCAAAUGUUGAAACAUCAUCUCUUUUCUCUGCCUUCACCCCCCACUUCUAGUGUUAAGCAAGUAUCCAAGCAUCUGUAUAAUCUAUGUGGUUUGGUGGAGAUGAAAAAUGAGAACAAAUUCACCCCCACCCAAUAUACUAGAAUCAUUGUUCCCACAACAAUACAUUCUCUAAUUUGAGUGCUCUCUCCUGUUGUAUUGCACCUGUGGCUGGGAAGCCUUGCAGGAGGGAGAGGAUGCAUAGAUGAGGAAGUUGGCAAGAGUGGUGAGGGGAGGAGAGAUAAGGGGAAAGUACUGUUGGUGGUUAGGAUCUUUGAGGAAGGCAAUAGGAUUAAGAGGAUGAGGCAAAACAGUGGUGCUAAAGGUUAAGAUCUUAAGGGACAGAAAGAUGGGUGAAACCAGACAGUAGGGGAAGGAAGAUGUUUCUUCUUCUCUCUCUCUCUCUCUCUCUCUCUCUCUCCCCCUCCCCCUGUGGGUAGGGGAUGUUAUGUAUAUACAUAUCAACCAAAACCUUGGCUGCAGACCUCUUGUCUCUGUUUAUGUAGGGUUGUAUUUAUUUUCUUUGGCCUGGUAGAUGAGGCUUCUUGCAUGCUACUAAUGCUGUGACUUGUUUGUUCAAUCAUUCUUCUGACGAACUGCAGUUUGUAAACUUGUUUCUGGAAACCAUUCAGCUGUGUAACUGCAUCCUUGACUCCUCUAAGUGCUAAAUGGUGCUGUGUUUUUCUUUCUAUACUAUCAGGUUUGGGGGAAUAUGUGUGUGACGCCAACCCCCACAAAUUUAAGAAUUGCCCCAAAGAACUUUUUUUUUUAAAAACCACCUGUUUAAAAAAGUCCACCACUGAUAACUGCAAAGGAAAAUGAAGACUGCCCUUCAGUUGAUAGUAAGUUCUGCCUCCACCUUUUUAGUUCUCCAAAACUGCUACAUAUGAGACACUAGCAACAGAAGGUUGGGGGGGGGGGAAUUGGGGGGUGAGAACUACCAAGGGGAGUCUUGGUCGAUCAAGAAAGAUGGUUAAAUCUGCUCAGACUUAAUGAUGAACAUACAGUCAUGCAAGAGGGGGAAAAAACUUUUUUAAAUGGUGGUGUGUGAGUCGUGCAUCAAGCCCAGACACAGAAAAGUGGAGAAGCAGUGUGUGGCCAUCUGUGUAAUGAGAUGCCUAUUUCUGGGGAUCUAAUCAAGAGACAAAAAGCAGAGUUAAGCUUCUGCCCUCUCCUCUUUGGGGAGGUUCAGCUUGUGCUCCAGUUGUGGCAGUGCUAAAAUCAUGGGAGAACACAACUCUCCUUGGCUUGGGCCAGUCCCUUGCUGAAUGAUGAGGUAAUAGACUGCAGGCAGGGGAUCAUAUUAUUAAAAUAUACUUCUCAACUUUUUUAAAAUAAAAAACACACCUUAAUGCAUUAAGAAAAUACCGUAGAAGAGAGCCGGGGUAUCCUCAGACCUUCAGGAAGCAGAGACACUGGUUUAUUGUUAACAGCAUACAUUGAUAGGGAUAACCAGGCACUGACCAGAGCCCACUCAGUCUCUGGUGUAUUGGUGUUUGAAGUUGUGUGUAUAUGCCAGGCAUAGGCAAACUCCGGCCCUCCAGAUGUUUGGGACUACAAUUCCCAUCAUCCCUGACCACUGGACCUGCUAGCUAGGGAUGAUGGGAAUUGUAGUCCCAAACAUCUGGAGGGCUGGAGUUUGCCGAUGCCUGGUAUAUGCCAUAUAUAUCCUGUAGUUUCUUGAGAAAUACUGCAGUUUGAUGUGUUUUCCAUCAAGCCAGCUGCCGCCCAAUUUGAAAUUGUAAGCUAUAUUCACUGCACAGUUAAGCUGAGGUUUGGGAUAGCUAUUGUGGAUGAUAGUUUAAUGGGGAGCAGUUCUGCAGCGUUGCAGGCAUGGGAAAACCAAAUACUGUAGGUAAUGUGCAUCUGGUGAAGACAUCCCCGCCCUCUCUGGUGGGUUCAGCAGUAUGUCAAUGUCACUUGAAAUGCAGCAGGGAGAAGCGACCUGACUGCAUUUUAAGCCACAAAUGUAUGCACAGCCAUAGAUAGGGGAGGAGGCUGACCCUAUGUUUCUUACCUGAAUUUAUGCGUCAUACCUGUGCCUGUUGCUGUCUGCCUAGAAACCAUUCUUCCUUGGUACAUGGCCUGAGUUGGCCGGUGCUAGGAGCGGUGGUUACUACAAUAGAGCCUGCCUCUUCUUCAGAAGAGUUGUGCCUGAAUCCCUACAGCAAGGGACCAAGCUUCUGCUAAAAAAACACCAAGGGGGAGCAAAGUAAGUGGAGCCCUUGAGACUCUCCCAGCUGGGUUUUUUUUCCCCUCAUUCAAGUGUCUGCACCUGGUUGCUAUCCAUUUCUGUGUUCUUUUCUCCCAACAACAAAGCUUGAAAUCUGAGCUUGAGGGGAGAGAACCGUUGAGGACUAAAGAGGCAGCUAAUUAUGUUUCCUUGCCUACCUCCCGGGCUGUGCCAGAGACACUAAAUGUUCAGCAAUUGCUGGUGUGGCACCCCAGGAGUUGCUAGCACUGUAAGUGGCUUCAGUCUCAUGGAAUCCCUUCUUCCUACUCCUUCCUAGGAAACCUAAAGGGCACAGACUUUGAAUACGUUGUAAAUUUUGUAGACCAAAGUGGAAUUAUCAGGUAGGAGGGAGACGGCAUGUGUGAUAAGAGAGAGAGAGAAGAAAUCGGAGCAUGUUGUUGAGGGUUAGAUUUAUAGGAUCUUGGAGCAGGUGAAAAGUUGAGUAAACAAUCGGGCAAAUGUAUUGGGCUUCAGGUCUUAGGUCUGUUCAAAUCUGUUUGAUUUUCAUAUUGGAAGUGACUGGCUUUUGAUAUCUAAUUAGCUGAAAAGGUAUCUUUUCUCCUUGAUGUAAAAUAACAUUGUGGACAAUGAGAGGGGCAGAAACGUUAUAGCUGUCCUCAUUUGGCUGUCGUAAUCCAGAGGCAGAUCUAUGGCAGCAGCAGCAGCUCCUCAACUUCUGAUGAUCAUCCUUGUUAGUACCAGGAGAUGGAGUUGGUUCUCAUUUGCUACAUCCAAAUGGAGAAGCUAUAAGGGUUCUCUUUGCAGGGUGAUAUAUUAUUGCAGUGACCUUGACGUUAUGGAAGUUCUCCCGAAAGAGACAAGGAAUGGACAAAUUCUUCAAAUUUUUAAGUGGGCUAUAUUUUGGGCUGCUGCUGCUUCAUCAAGACUGUUAUUUUAGAAAACUGUUUGAUAAUAGAAAGUAUUUAUAUUUUCUUGGAAUUUAUUUUGCUGAUCAUUUUGAUUGACCUAUGUUCUUAAAUAUUUUGCUAUAAAAUUUGUUUUUGAAUUAUAGUUUGUUUAUGAGUGCUAAACUGGCCUUGGGUGGACUGUGUCCCUAAAGCAAGCAUCCUCAACCUGCAGCCCUCCAGAUGUUUUGGCCUACAACUCCCAUGAUCCCAACAGGACCAGUGGUCAGGGAUGAUGGGAACUGAAGUCCAAAACUUCAAUUUUGGAGGGCCGAAGGUUGGGGGGGGUGCCUGCCCUAAAGGCAGCCUAUAAAUAAAUCUAGAAAUAAAACAGUUUUUAGUGGUAGUAGAACACUUUGGCAGACACCCAGAUAAUUACUUGUCUUGUCCUGGCUCAAUUUAUUAAGGCCUGGAAAUACUUUUCAAAUCACGUUCUCUGAUGUGCAUAAAAUGAAGUAUGUAUUUGAAUUGCCUUGCAGCAAUCUCUGUAUCCUGGCAAAGCAGGAGAGUGUAAAUAGACAGCUUUAUAAAACUCUGUGUGUGGGGGGGGUGAAGCUUGCUAGUUUCUGCUUAUCCGGCAAGACCAUUAUGGGUCGGCAAGGCUUGUCCCAACGGGUUCCAAAGCCACUUAAGUAUUAUAGUAUAUUGUUUAAGGCACAUGGUAUUGUGAAAGCUCUGUUUCUAAGAAGUGUGUGUUUGUCUUGUGUGGCCAGGCAUGUGAUAAAUCCUGGUAUGCAUCACAGUCUUAAAAGAACAGCAAGCCUCUCUCAGUUUGCCUUAGCUUCUGCAGGCCCAUGAGGACAGAUAACGAAACUGUGUAGCUAAAUAUGUAGCUUUACCACAAGCGGUGGUAAACUUUUGUAAUGAAUCAGCUUGUGCACAUUUGCCUUUGCCACAGUUCAGCACCUCUUACAUUUGUCUCAACAGCUUGGCAGAAACCAGAUGUGAGAAAGUGAUGCUUGCUUGAGAAGAAAUUGUAUGCGCCUUCUCCCAGUAUGGCUCUGUACUAUCCAACUAUGAUGCAGACCUUGCCUUAUAACUAUCUGCCUCUUGGGCCAAGUCGACCGUCAGAUACUGCACACGCCCCCAUGAUCCCUCCAGUCCAGAUGCACAACUUCUACAACAGGCCUCUUGCUGUGAUUAUGGACAAUAACAAUGGUUACAACGUAAAUCCAGCAAACCAAGUGGAGUACCAUCACAUCCAUGGUGCAAAUCCUUACUUCUAUCCUUACCCUUUCUGGUACUACCCCCAAGUGAGCCCUCUUCCUCUGUACAAUCCCUAUGCUAACUAUCCUCCUUAUGCAGCCUACCAAAGACCAGGCUGGGAUGUGUGGCCUGAGGGAUUCACCUUGAGAGGAGAGCUCCAUUGGGGUAAGCUUGAGAGGAUUGUGGGACCUAGGAGGGACUUGCCGGAAUUCGUGAAAGACGAUCUCAGAAGGGUCUAUGGCACCUAUCCAAGGACGGAUGUUACCAUAACAUACCACAGUGGGGAAUUUAUUGUGAAAGGGGACCCUAGAGUUGGAGAACAAGAAUACAGGGUAGAGAAGAGAAUCAUCCGAAACGAACCCACCCCAACUGCUAGUGAAGCUGAGGACAGCAGUGAAGACCGCAAUAGGAAGAAGAAAAAGAAAUCAAAGAGAUAAUGAAAGUGGUUCAAAUAAUACUGACUGAACAUGUAUCCCUCUGUUUAGACCUAAGAUCUGGCGGCAAUGAUACUGAAAACUGAAAGAGAUUUUUCUGUGACAUUUUUAUAGGUUCCAAUAACUUUCUUAGUAGCUGUUGUAUACUCACUAAUAUGCACACAUACUUUUCUCUUGUGCUAAUAGGAAGAUGUUCCUCAUUUUGUCAACCCCUGCUCUUUUUUUGAGUGAUUCCAAAUGAAUGUCAGUAGUGCAGCCUUUCAAUUGGAUCAACCAAAAAUCUACUUAUAAAAACUGACUAUGGAUUUCUGCCACAUUAUCUUCCUAGUAGUACAUUACCAUUUUGCACCAUAAAUUCUUCCUGCCCCCCUCAUUGUUGGAGGGAUCUCUUUUCUUUCUUUCCUUCCCCCACCCCAUGCCAAACAUUGGCUACUUUAAGUAAAUGUCCAUAGAGUUCACUAUGGAAUUAUUCAGAAACUGAACCCGAGGUCACAGUACAAGGUGAUGGUAUACUGAGAAUCUGGACACACAACAUACAGAAAUAGGAUCAGAGUACCUUUAUUUUUAACAUCAGCACAGACAAACCUAUUGUGAAUUCCACCUUCUGUAAUACGUUUUAUGCCAUUUGUGAUUCUUUCCUAGUGAGAUGAACAAUUGUAAAGAGUUCUGCUUGGCCAUCAGGUUGCACUUUGUAUAUAUGCAAGACACAGAGCAUUUUAAAUAAAGGAAAACAAGCAUGUUUUACUGUGUGAACAUUUUUGUGAUAACUUAUUGUAAGUACGGUGGAAAUGACUGUUUGACAUAAAUAGUAUUGUUUAUUUGUGGGGUAUCUGCAUGCUUUAAAGAAGGAAAUAAUUCCUGUCUUAUCACCAAACUGUGAAGUGCAGAUGUUGUAGUAUAGCAUAGCAUAAGAUUAUCUCUUCUGUUGGUUUCAAGAAGUACACAGAGUUCAGGAAUGAACAAGAGGAUGGGUAUAGUUGUAAAAUACAAAUAAUAAUAGUAUGGCUUUGAUCCAUGCACUAAUCUUUUGAGUUCCUCCCUAAUGUGGCUAUACGUACCGGUACUUAUCUUGGAGCAGAUGAGAAAGCUCUGUAAGCUUCAUGGUGCAGAAGGAUGGGUUCAUGGUGCUGUAUGAAAAGAGUAAUGCCUAAAGACUGAAUUUUAUUAAAUAUACCCUGUUUGAUUAAGCAUAUGGGUCCAUACAUGCUGUUGGGACAAUAUUGGGGUGGCCAAUAUUCUUUCAGGCCAAGUAUAAGGUUGAAACCUUUUAAAGUGAGAAUUGUAAGGAUCAAAGUUAAAUUCAGUGGGACAUGGGAAUAAACAUGUACAGGUUUGGGCGGCACAUCUAAAGUAUUGCCUUUUAACCUAACAGUGCUAACCUUCUCAGCCAUUGGUUUCAUACUGUAACUUGUAUGCAGAUAGUCACACUCAUCUACUAUUUUUACACAGAGAUGCCACCCAUGUUUUGGCAAAUGUAGUGAGUACAGGCAACACACAUUUUGCGUGUGUUCAAAGAAUGCACGACUGUGACACAUGGGCUGUUUUUGGACGCAGAAGAGGAUACUGUCACUUUUAGGCUGAUGGUAUUUCUCUGUAGAAAGAGGAGGUGAGUGGAUUAUAAGAUAAUGUCAAAGUGCAGGUGUGGCAACAUCACCUUAGCUCCACCCAGGUUAACUUGGGGUGUGCAUGCAUGCAGCUGCUUGAAUAGCAGAGCCACUGAAAAAGGAUAAUCCAAGUAGAUGGCAAACGUUCAGCUAUAUUGGCUUAUGGUUAUGUGUCUUGACGGAUCCCCUUGAUGACACACAAGAUAACACACAAGAGUAAACUCGGCAGCUCCUGGAGUUUAGUUGCUGUCUAGCUGUAGAACUGAAUCCACGGGGCGUUUCAAUUGUUCCCAAAGCCUAUGGAAUUCAGUUCUCAGAGCUAGGCAGCCAUGUGGGACUCCUGCUGGUUGAAGCGGCCAUCUGUAGGAGAAAGCCAGAUGCAAUUAUAUUAUUAGAGAUGUCAAAACUCUUAAUAUGACAACAUAGGUGAAAAACUAGUUUAUCGGUAGCAUUAAAAAGAGAGACCACCCAGUAUCGACUGCUAGCCAUGGUGGAUUCUAUGCUCUGUCUCCACAGUCAGAGGCAGUGAUGCUUCUGAAUACCAGCUUCUGGAAAUCACAGGAGGGGACACUGCUCUUGGGCUCAGGUUCUGCUUGUGUAUUUCCCAUAGACAUCCGGCUGGCCACUGUGAGAACAGGAUGCUGGACUUAAAUGGGCCAUUGGCCCAACCCAGCAGGCUCUUUUUAUGUUUUUAGUACUUUUAAAAAUAGGAAGUGUACAGGUUCCCCAUCCCCUGCUACUGCAGAGGAUGAGAACCUUAAAUCUUAGAAUUUUUCUUUGUCCUCCCAUAUAUUUUAAGCAUGUCAAAUUCCUGGUCUGCUUUUGCCCUCCUUUUUACCCAUCCCACUGACAUCUUCAUCAGUCUGUGUUUAAACCACUCAGCUUAAUGGCAAGCCUGCCUGACUUCUGCCUCCUCUUAGGCCCUGGGUUUUUUCUCCACUAGGACAGAAAUGAAACCUGCUGAUUAAAAAUAAAUUGUGAAAUCCAGGAUUUUUGUACAGCUGUGAUUGGGCAGUCAUGUUGUAUCUCUUCCACUCCCACUAAAACGAUGGCAACAAAAAAGUUGCUGUAUUUUGUGUUCAAUAGUAGGUUUGUUGUCUCUCCAGAUGAGUUACUCUUAAAAAACAAAAAACUCAACAACCCUGUGUACUCAUUGGUGUACUCACUGACCUUCUGGAAGAUCACAGGGCUAGUUCUUGUUUGUUACUAUUUCAGUUUAUGAGUAUACAUACUUCUGAAUACUUGGUGGUCUCUCAACUAAGUAGAAGCCCCUACCUUCUUAUUUUUGGGUGGCUACAUGUUGGUAUACAAAUACUGUUCUUGUACCUUGCUUUUGGUACAAUGGUGAUCAUGUUAUUGUCAUAUAAAACAGGGACUCCUCAGAAUGUCUUCAGCCAGCAGAACCUCUAGUGCUGUAAAUAUUCCAGCAUUAAGCUGGAAUAUUUCCCAAGGAGCUUCAAAAUACAGAGCAGGGAAGGGCCUGGUCUAUAAGUUUUAAAAAUGUAGUUGCAGGCUGAAAAAGUUUUCCCUAGCAGCAGAAAUAUUUCCAGAUUGGUGGGGGCCAGAAGGAUAGGUUGCUUGAUGAGAUGGCUUCAGAAAUCCCAGAAUAACAGAAACCUGGGGAUUUAGCCAUUUUACUGUAUGUAUGCCUGAAGAACCUCUCUUCGGAUGAUGCUUCUUAGGCUUGCUAGGGCAAGGCAGUAAGAAGAUUCUCAUCUAACAUCAAGGAUAUUUUGGAUCAAGUGAAAUGCAUGCAACUCUUCUUCACCAUCAUAAACUCUAUGAUAAUCUGUGUGUACUGGUCUGGCCCAAGCUAGGCCAUUUUGCAGCUGAAGGUAAAGGGCAAGAUGCCCCGCUCCCCAUUCUAUGCACAGAAGCAAAAUGUGGGUUGAAUCUUACUUCAAAACUGGUUGAUGGCAGAGUUUCCUUCACCACACCUGGAAGCAGCAGGCUAGGUAGCCUCCACAGCUUUGCCCACCGACAGAAGGGAUUGGUCUGGGGACUGAGGAGGAACAGGGAGGAGGGGGGUCUACUGCCCCUCAACAUCUGUCUUCUGAGGCAGUCUCCUCAUUCUGUCUAAUGGUAUGGUCUGCCCAAUGUGUGUAGCAAGAACAAACCUUUGCCAGGAUAACAAAAAUGAGGGGCAAGUUAAAAACAAGAAAAGUGGUUUGGCCUUUGCAAGUUUAGAAGGGUUUAUGUGUACAGGGCAAUGGCUUGUGGAAACAGCCCAAGAGCUCUCCUUCAGACAUAGGCCUGGCCAAAGCCAACACCAGUCCGUCUUUCAUUCUUGUGAUGUAUGAGGGUGAUUGGGAUCCUCUCCUUACAGACUAACACCACCAAGCCUUUCAUGUGGCGGUGCCACAGCUCUGGAAUGUUCUCCCACUUGAAAUUUAGGAACACAGGCAGCUGCAUUAGAUUGAGUCAGAGCAUUGGUCUCUUCAGUUCAGUACUGUCUACAAGUGGUUCUCCAUUACUUCAGACAGGGACUCUCUCCCAGCCCUACUUGGAGAUACCAGGGAUUGAACCUGGGACCUUCUGCUUGCAAAGCAGGUGCUCUGCCACUGAGCUAUGACCCUUCCCUAAUUUGUCAGGUGUCAGGCUCUGUCUUGAGGUGUCUUCCACCAUAACUUGAAGGCACUUAUCGUCUUAAUCUUUUUAAUGUGUAGUAACUAAUUCCAUUUCUGUCAAUUCUAAUGUGCUGCGUUUUUUACCCUUGUAGAGGCUAGAUUAGCCUCCUAGUUUUUCCCCUCAAGCCAAUUGUUGUGAGUGCAACAAUGGGAAGUAGAAGCUGUGCUUUAUUUUAGUUUUACACAAUCAUUUCAGUGUGCUUCUGGAUGGGGGAGUAUAGUGUCUCAGAACUGAUGGCACUCAGAGGGCCAACACCUAUUUUCUUCCCUUGUACUGUGAUCUCAACUGACUUCAGCAGUGCUAGUACUCAUUGCAUUCAAGCCAGUUCACUAUGGCAAAAUAUGUUCUGAGUAGGCAGAGACUGUGCGGUUCAGAUAAGUGAUAUGGAAUGUAGGAAGUGGAAGAUGUCUUUUCUGUUGCACAAGUUCCAUGUCUCAUAACCAUACCCUGCCACAAUACCCAUUACCCAGUUCUACAACUAAUCCUUUCUUUUGCAGCUCCCACACAUGAAUCCCAUUUGCUGGAUUAGCACAAAAGUGUUUCUGCCUUUUUGAUUGGAGCACACGGAUAUAGAAGAGACACCAUUUUUUCAAAAGGAAUAUUGCCAAAAAUAAUAAUCGCCAUGUUCUUUCUAGUGACUGCCCAUAAAUAUUAGAAUAAGGCAUAUUCAUGCUUAUUUCUGGCUUACUGCUUUUGGUUUUUUUGAAGCAAACCAUGGCUCAGUUUGUCAGACCAGUGUAUGCCUUGUUUGAGUGGCCCAGGCAUCAGAAUUUGAAUGGGGACCCGUAUGGCCUGGGCAGACACAUAUUCAUGAUUAAAUCAAAGUUUAAGACAAACUGUGGCUUAUCGUGACAUGUGAAUGAAGUCACGGUUACAGACAAUAGUGCAGCAGCUGCAUUUGCAUGAAUGCCUAACCCUAUAAAAGUAAAACCUAUAGUGUAAGUCUAAAGUAUAAGUGCUGAGGCAGUUAUUUACACUGCCCCUUCAAAAGUUCUCUAUCUUAUUAAAUCUUUCAAUAAUAUGAUAAAUUGUUAUUUAUUACCCCCACCUGAUAGAGGCAACUGAGGCUGAAAUUGCCAACACCUCUGUAAAUUUUAACUCUAAUCCAAGUACACCUACUUGUCCUCAGUGAGUUUUACUCCUCUCUCUCUCUCUCUCUCUCUCUCACACACACACACACAGAGAGAGAGAGAGAGAGAGAGAGAGAGAGAGAAUUGAAUCGAAUCCUGGUUAACCUUAACUGAAGUUUAUGCAAACUACUUAAACUGCAUUUUGUCAGAGAUACCACCAUCCAACUAUUCCUACUGUUAAGAUUUUUUGGCUUUCCCAUCUAUUUAACCUGAACUUUAUGUUCCUGCAUCUUAAACACAUCUCACCUCUUGCCCUUCCUUUCCUAACUACCAAAAAUAGAACCUCUCCUCAAACACACUCUUAACUGUUGACAAAAACAAACAAGAAAAAUGUACAAAACUCUAGUAGUUUGAAAUGAUAGAUCCUUCUUCAAGAACAAGAUCAUUCACUAUGUAUGCUGCUUUGAUUUGGAAUACUAGCCUACAGUGAUAACUUGCUGAGAUUUAAUUUUUAAAACUUCAGGUUCUAGAACAUACAAAAUGUAGUUCAAACAAGAAAAAGUUCUCACCAUACAGAGCUGUUUCUCUGCCUUGAGAGGCACACCUCUCGUUUUCAGCACAUAAUUUCAAAUAGUGAUAUGAAAACAGCACUUACCUGUUAACUCUUCUCUGCUGUAGCUCCAGCUGUUUCUUCCUAGGCUGC